AGACAGCUUCAGAUUUUCAGUUCUAACAGAGUGGUGAAGGAGAGCCCCGGACUGAAGCUGACAUUACCAGGAGGUGGCAGUUAGGAAUGUUCCCGCUAACUGGAAAAACGAUCGUCUUUGACACCUUCCCUGAUCCCUCUGAUACCUGGGAGAUUAUUGAAACCAUUGGCAAAGGAACAUAUGGCAAAGUCUUCAAAGUAUUAAACAAGAAAAAUGAUAGCAAAGCUGCAGUUAAGAUUCUGGACCCAAUCUAUGACAUUGAUGAAGAAAUCGAGGUUGAGUAUAAUAUUCUUCAAGCGCUCUCAGAUCAUGAAAAUGUUGUCAAGUUCUAUGGAAUGUACUAUAAGAGGGAUGAAAGGAAUAAACAUCAGCUUUGGCUUGUACUAGAGCUGUGCAAUGGAGGUUCUGUGACUGAUCUCGCCAAAGGCUUAUUAAAGCGAGGAGAAAGAAUGAGUGAACCGAUCAUUGCCUACAUUCUGCAUGAAGCUCUUAUGGGCCUGAAACACUUACACAACAACAGGACGAUUCAUCGUGACAUCAAGGGCAAUAACAUCCUAUUAACAACAGAAGGAGGCAUCAAGCUUGUGGAUUUCGGUGUCUCAGCUCAAUUAACUAGCACAUGCCUUCGUCGCAACACAUCUGUUGGAACCCCUUUCUGGAUGGCCCCAGAGGUCAUAGCUUGUGAACAGCAGCUGGAUUCCAGUUAUGACGUACGAUGUGAUGUCUGGUCCUUGGGUAUCACGGCCAUUGAGCUGGGUGAUGGUAAUCCACCACUGACAGAUCUACAUCCAAUGAGGGCUUUGUUCAAAAUUCCAAGAAGUCCACCUCCAAAACUGCACCAACCAGAACUAUGGACAGAAACCUUUAAUGAUUUCAUUGCUAAAUGCCUCAUUAAAGACUUCGAGCUUCGUCCAACUGUAUCCGAGCUUCUGGAGCACCCAUUCAUUAAACAGGUUCAAGGGAAGGAGAAAGCCCUACAGAAACAAUUGAUGGAGCUGAUAGACCUUCACCAGCAAAUGGGCACCAUUGAAAGGACAAGGCAUGAACGUAUUCAUACAAAGAAGGAUCAAUAUAUGAAGGGCAUGUCAAAUCUGGAUAGCACAGAUGAUCUGGCUACACUUGAAGUACUUGAUGAAAGUACAGUCACUGAACAGUUACAAAAGCGGUACCUCAAGGAGCAGAUAUAUACUUACGUCGGAGACAUCCUUAUCGCUGUUAAUCCAUUCCAAAAACUGGAUAUCUAUUCCUCAGAGCAUUCCAGGCUGUAUGUUGGAGCAAAGCGGACAGCCAAUGCGCCCCACAUCUUUGCUGUGGCAGACAUUGCCUACCAGGCUAUGAUCACUUACAAUUCAGAUCAGUGCAUUGUGAUCAGUGGAGAGAGUGGUGCGGGAAAGACUGAAAGUACCCACUUUUUAGUAGAGCAACUCACUGUCCUUGGAAAGACCAAUAACAGGUUGCUACAGGAGAAGAUUCUACAGGUGAAUAACCUGCUUGAAGCAUUUGGAAAUGCCUGCACAGUAAUCAACAAUAACUCCAGUAGGUUUGGCAAGUAUUUGGAAAUGAGGUUCACCAGUGGAGGGAAGGUCAUGGGAGCUCAGAUCUCAGAGUACCUGCUUGAAAAAUCAAGAGUCAUCCACCAAGCCCCGGGUGAGAAGAAUUUCCAUAUUUUCUACUAUAUCUAUGCUGGUCUGGCGCAGAAAGACAAAAUUGCUCAUUAUAAAUUAUCCAAGGGACAACCUCCAAGAUAUCUGCAAGAUGAGAAAAUAACGAUGGAAGAAAUAGUAAACAACUUUUUCUACAAAAGCCAGUUUGAAGCUCUUGAACAGUGCUUCAAAGUUAUUGGCUUCACUGUCGAGGAACUGGGGAACAUAUACAGUAUUUUGGCAGCUAUCUUGAAUAUUGGUAACAUCGAGUUUACCUCUGUCGUGACAGAGCACCAGACUGACAAAAGCAAUGUUGUUAACUUUGCAAUUCUGGAAAAUGCUGCCUCAUUGCUGAGUAUCCAAACAGAUGAGCUACAGGAAGCUCUCACCUCUCACUGUGUAGUGACUCGAGGAGAAACAAUUGUGCGUCCCAAUACAGUCGAGAAGGCAACUGAUGUCAGAGAUGCUACAGCCAAGGCUUUGUAUGGCCGUCUCUUCAGUUGGAUAGUCAACCGCAUCAAUGCCUUACUAAAGCCAGAGACAUUUCUGAGUGAUGCUGAUAAUAAUGUUGACAAAGGAACAGACAUUGGAAUUCUUGAUAUAUUUGGCUUUGAGAACUUUAAGAGAAAUUCCUUUGAACAAUUAUGCAUUAAUAUUGCCAAUGAACAGAUUCAGUUCUACUUCAAUCAACACAUCUUUGCCUGGGAACAGAAUGAAUAUCUGAAUGAAGGGGUGGAUGCUCGGUUAGUUGAAUAUGAAGACAAUCAGCCACUACUGGACAUGUUUCUGCAGAAGCCCAUGGGCCUUCUCGCAUUGCUAGAUGAAGAAAGUCGAUUUCCCCAAGCCACUGACCAAACACUUGUCGGGAAAUUUGAAGACAAUCUCAAAUCAAGUUACUUCUGGAGACCAAAGAGGGUUGACUUAAGCUUUGGAAUUAAUCAUUAUGCAGGAAAGGUUCUUUAUAAUGCCAGUGGCUUUCUUGCAAAGAAUCGAGACACUUUGCCAGCAGAUAUUGUCCUACUUUUGAAGUCAUCUGAUAAUAAAAUUACUCGGGAGGUUGUAACACACCCACUUACAAAAUCAGAGAUUGAGGCCUGGAGUUUGGAGUCCCAUCACUGGCAAUCAAAGCCAUUCAAAGGACAUCUGACUCGCUCUAAGAGUAAAGGUGCAACUGUCCCCCGAGUUCGAACUCCUCAGCGCUCAGUGAACCAUUCAAAGGUGGAUCACUCUGUAUUUCACAGCUAUUAUUGCCUUUGUGAGGUUGACACUGAAGAGUCUGGAAAUGCUCCCAGAGAAGCCACGAACAUGAAAACACAAACUGUUGCUUCUUAUUUCAGGUAUUCGCUCAUGGAUCUCCUCUCCAAGAUGGUGAGUGGGUUGCCUCAUUUUGUGCGUUGCAUCAAACCAAACAACGAUCGCCAGGCCAAAAAGUUUGAUCAAGAAAAGGUCUUGGUGCAGCUCCGAUACACGGGUGUUCUGGAAACCGCCCGAAUCCGUAGACAAGGAUUUUCACACCGCAUUCUCUUUGCAAAUUUCAUUGAGAGAUACUACCUUCUUGCAUUCAAGUCAACUGAAGAACCUCCAGUAAAUCCUGAGAUAUGCAUUGCCAUUUUGAAAAAGGUUAAACUUACUAACUGGGUCCUAGGGAAGACCAAAGUAUUUCUUAAAUACUACCAUGUGGAACAGCUAAACCUCAUGGUAAAGGAGCUGCUGGAUCGUGUAGUUCUCAUGCAGGCCUAUGUGAAAGGCUGGCUUGGAGCCAAAAGGUACAGAAGGUUGCAAGACAAGAGGCAGCAGAGUGCAGUUGCCAUUCAGUCAGCGUAUAGAGGACACAAAGUGAGGAAGGACAUUGCAGCUGAGAAACAGAAAUUAGAGGAAUCAAUAAUAAAACUUCAAGCCGCUGCAAGAGGAUACCUGAGCCGAAAAGUAAUCAGGGAGAUGCUGGAAGAACAGAAGAACGCGGCAGUUAAAAUCCAGGCCCACUACAGAGGGCACAUGGAUAGAAAGGCUCUGAAAGAGCCAACAAUACAUGAUGCAAAAAAUCUACAUGAAAAACAACACAGUAGAUCUGAUGUGAAUGGCAAAGAGAUGCAAGGAGAUUCAGCAAAAAGAUCCUCUCAGAAAGAAGGCAGUCAACAAUCCACAGGGAGCCAGAAAAGGGAGUUAAAGGUACCGUCAGGUCAGGCCACAAGUGCAACCAGUGCAGAGGGUGAUGAGGACAAUGCUGCAAAAGUCAUUCAGAGCAACUUCCGUGGGCACCGAGAGAGAAAACGUCUGGAGAAUGAGGGAAAGCUUCCUGAACGAAGAAAAAAUAUUGGAAAAUCUCCACAGGAACAUCAUGAAAAAGUACACACUAUGAACAGAGCAGGGAAUGAGAUACAAGGGAACAAGAUGCCGGGUAAAACUGUGGAAAGAGGAAUAUCACUUCAACCACGAAAAGAAAUACUUACCAGUAAAGAGUCAGAUAAAGGGUCCAGUAUACAGCCUGGCACAGCCAUAGGGGAUGAAGACCAAGCAGCAGUGAAAAUUCAAAGUAAUUACAGAGGCUUUAAAGAAAGAAAACAAAUUCAAGAAUGUACUAAAAAGGAAGGAGAAAUGGUUGCAAAUUUUUCAAAAGAGAUAGCAAAACGCUCCAAUGAAUUCUUGAUUGCCCAGAAGAAGCUGAAUGAUGUCAUUGCCUCACACUAUCUGACGUCUAUGAGCCACGAUCGACAAUCUGUGAAUAAGCAAUCAAAUAGGAGCUCUUUGUCACAGCAGUCACAGCCAGGUCCCAAUAAAGUAAGCGAUCAGAAACAGCAAAGAACACCUCGGAGGACUCAGCCACCAAAGACUGUAAAUACACCUGAAGACAGCACGUACUACAACAUCAUUCAUAGGUCAGUGCAGGAUGGAAAGAGAAGACCCCGGAGAGACAGCCAAGUAAAGUUGCUGGACGAAGAUGAUCGCUACUAUGGAGAAAUUACUCCUGGUGAUUCCACGACCAAGGAUAACACUAAAACAACAGGGAAAAUUUCUUCAUCACAGCCCAGAUCCACAAACCCCACCCACCCCAACAGCACAUCCGUUCUACAAGAAGAAAUUCAAGAUGAAGAUAAUCCAUAUGACUAUAGAAAACUACUUCGUAAAACCUCCCAAAGGAAUCGUCUCGUUGAGCCUUGCUAAUUUAUAAUCAUGGAACCCAUUGCCUUGAGUACUAUUAAAACAAAUUCCUAGUACCACUAAAAGUCAACUGUUGUACAUAGGUUCAACUUGAACAGUAUUAGUAAUUUGCAUUUGUAGCGUUCUUAAAAGUAUUCCAGACACAGGCGGUAAAAUAUUUUGUGUUUAAAAUGUAUGUUGGAUCUUUUGAAGAUCAUAAUUAAUGCUUUUUGUUAAAAUAUAAAGCCAAAUAUUGAUAUAUGUUGAUAUUUCAAAAAUGGAUAGGAAAUGAAGCCAGUUGACUCAUAUUACAGUGAUAUACAUAUGAAACAUUAAU